UCUCUCGCUCAUCAUUAUCAUGCUCACCUCUCCGAGACAACAGGUACAGUUGCAACCCGACAAUGGUUUGGCCCAGUUAGGAAUCAGACGUGAACCAACCAACCAACUAUUUGUUCAUGGACGGUUGGAUGGAUGGAUGGACGGACGGAGGAGAGAAAUUGACCGUCUUGAAACGUCGGACUCACAUCCUGGUCGACCCAUCCCCGAAUCGUUCGUUGGUCUGGUCCCCCUGGCUCAAUCCACUCACCAACCUGUUCGGAUUGAACCCCAAACAGGUCGAGAAAUCAUCCACAAUGCUACAGUUUCUGGUUGUUGCCAAUGAGUAUCAGUCGAUAAAGUCGCAGAGGUGAAGCACUUUUUCGGAUAUUCUCGGAGAGAAAUCAAGAGUUAGUAGUUGGAUGGAAAACUUGUACCAAUUGAGAGAUCUCCAGUGAAACAUGAAAAGGUGUCUCGGAAUUGUGUAAUUGUGUGGUAGUUAUUUAGCCAAGAUGCGUGCCUGGAAGCGAAUACUUUGCUUGAUGCUCUUGACACUGGUUCAUGUGAGAGGAAACCUAAUGGACCCAAGAUUAAAGAAAUCUGUAACCUCACAUUUGAGGCCACAUCGAAGUCAUGCCGAAAGCUCAAGUGCCUUGCCCGGAUCGGCGUCCAUUCCCUCGGCGGAAGGAACAACGCUUCAAUACACUCGAAAGGAAUCUCGACAGGCCACACGAGAUAAAGACACCACUGACAUUCCUCAAAUGGAGAACAAAGGCCAUCUAGCUCAAAACCUGCAAAGUCGGGGUUCGUCGCCAGGGCUCAACAGGGUUACCCGGGAUCUAAAACGUUGGAGCAAGCAUGCUCGCCUGGGAUUUGACCGAAUCAGCUCGGCAAUUUCACGCUUUGACUACACCAUCCGAAACUAUCGACCAUUUGGAGGGAUGCGAAAGUGGAGAUCACCCGGGGGAAUCUCACGUCGCCAGAAUGGUCCCCCACCUGCUCCGUAUCCAUUUGCCAGACUUCGUGCUCAACGCCCCCCUCUCAGGAGCCUUCAAAGCCCUUUAAGAGUCGAUUCUAAUCCAUCCAAACGACGUCGUUGGGCUACUCCUCAAGAGAUGUGGGCCGAGAUUGUCUGGGAUCUCAAGCACUUCAAGGUGAUAGAAGGUAUUCCAUCAUGGAUUGAGAUGGAACAUAUGUACGGAAACAUGACACAAGAUGUGCAGGCCAAGCUGAGACAAAUUCAAGACACUUUGAGCUCGCCCUUCAAAUCCCAGCCACAAUCCGUAGAUAGAGUCGAUUCGGACCCGGAUAACUUUCGACUCCAGACUUACGUAGACCAACUUCUGACCCACAUGAGUAAUGAGAUUAAGAGUGUGAAGAUCGGUGGCCUUCCCAGCAUCAAUGACGUGACGGAUAUGUCUCGAAGGUUCAAAGCCAAGAUCAAAGACGAUAUCGAAACCAAGUUGGGCAUUAAGAUGAUGAAGAAGCUAGAUUCGUCGCUAAGCUUGGAUCAGGAACCAUUGGAGUUCUUCAAUACCUUUAUCAACAUCACCUUAGGUCAAAGCGAAUACUCGGAUAGCCAAGAGAUCUGGGAGGAAAUAUUGAAGAUAGUUGACCCUUUGAAUAUGACUCAAAGUUCCAUGGAUACCAUGAAUGCGAUUAAUUCCAAGAUAAUAUCCGUGAGAGAGCUUUUUGAUCCCAAAACAGCCAUCAAUUCAGCAGUGGACAUGCAAAAUUUGAAGGAUAUUGGUACCAUGAUUCCUACUCUGAUCCCCAUCAUCUUUGAAAUGCACGGGCCCAAGAUCGAAGAGCUUUUUCUAGGCACAAAUUUCACUUUGAAAGAGCUAUAUGUGGUCCAUGAGAGCCUUCAGCGCUUUCAAGCCUUUUUGGAACGAGUCAAAAUGGAUCUCAAGGCUGACCGUGCGCCGACAAUGGUCCGUUUGUUUGAUCUUCUUCUGGAACGCAAUCUUCGGGCAUUGACCUUACUACUAAAACUCAUGGUAAAGGCCGACCUUCACGAGGAAAAAAUAAUCACUCUCUCGAAAAAGGAUCUGCUCUCAGUCAAAAGAUUAGUUAUUGCUCCAAAAGAAUUGGUUUCCCUUUUGAACAAUUCGUCACACACUUGAUAUUCGUUUAUUGAUGUUACCACUUCUAUUUUUGAUUUUUUUUUCCUUCGUUACGUCACGUUUACAGUACAAAUUACUCGUCACUCUCUUCUACGUUUGAGUUAUCGUCUACCAAUCCCAAUAUAUUCAAUCAUUCGUCGCUCAGAUCUGAUCUCUCCCACGGAUUGGCGGUCAAGGUCUAUAAACAUUUUGAUUAGA